AUGCUGCUUUCACCCUUUGUCUCUUGGCUCUCACUAGGUUGGCUGGCCAUCGAACAUGACUUUGGAAUAUUCCUGGAUUCUCGACUUUCCCACGUGGGGUGUGGCAUCGCCGGCCCGAAGGAUGUGCUUCCCGCUGCUAACCACCCACGCAAAUAUUGGGGAAAUUAUCGUGGUGGUUCAGCGUCAAGCAGGAAGGACCCUCAGAUCUCCUGCAGAGGCAUUCAUCCUUUUUACCCGGAGUGA